ACUGAGGAGCUCAGUGUUUGAUGAAGCCACAAGGAAUACCACCGACUACUACACGAAUUAGCCAGACCAAGAUGUCCUUUCGCGGCAAGAAUGCAGUGGUGACCGGUGGAGCUGGAGGCAUUGGACUGCAGGUGUCCAAGCAGCUCCUGGCCGCUGGAGCAGCGAAGGUGGCCAUCAUUGAUUUGCAGGAUAAUCUGGAGGAGUUUGUGAAACUUAGGGCCGCUCAUCCCACCCAAAGCGUAAUGAUCGUCAAGAUGGAUGUUGCGAACAAGAAGGGUGUGGAAGCCACCUAUGAGGAGAUAGCCAAGACCUUUGGCAAUAUCGAUAUUGUGGUCAAUGUAGCAGGGAUUUUCAACGACAAGGAUGUGCAGAGGACUCUGUUGGUAAAUCUAGGUGGAAUCAUCAAUUCCACACUGAGCGCAUUGCCCUACAUGGGCAAGGAUAAUGGCGGCAAAGGCGGCAUUGUGGUUAACAUGAGCUCGGUGGUGGGUCUGGAUCCAAUGUUCAUCAUUCCCGUUUACGGAGCCACCAAGGCUGGCAUCAUCAACUUCACCCGCUGCUUGGCGAACGAAAAGUACUAUCAACGUUCGGGCAUCAAGUUUGUGACUGUUUGUCCAGGAGCUACAAUGACGGACAUGUUCACUAACUUUACGGAGAAGAUCAUCUUCCCGGAAACGAGUGACGAGACCUAUAGAAUCCUGGAUAGGUUGAACAAGCAGAGUGCCGCUGAUGUCUCUCGCUGCAUUCUGAAUGUCCUGGAGAAGGACAAGAACGGAGCUGUCUAUGUCAUUGAGGGUAAGCGCGUUUACCCCUUGGAAAUGAAGCCCCAGUGGACGGGCAAGGAACAGGCCCUCUAAGUUCACAUCCUGAACACACGCAUUUUACAAAUAUGAAGAUAUUAUGGACACUAGUUAUUUAAUAAACAAACGAUGCACAGAAAUAA